AUGACCUCACAACCAGUUGAAAUUCCCGGAAAAUUUGGAUUCGGUACUAUGUCGAUGACUUGGACAUCACAACCACCGUCAUUUGAGCAAUCCAUCAACACAUUGAAAUUUGUAACUUCGCACAAUGAAUACGGAGUUAAAUUGCUUAACGGAGGUGAAUUUUACGGUCCUAAUGAUGUCAAUUUGAAGUUGCUUCAACAAUUUGUAGCCGCCAAUGAUCCUUCCAUUAAUGAAACUUUGAUUAUUUCAAUCAAAGGAGGGGUGGAUGCACUGAAUUUGAAGCCUGAUGGAUCCAAAGAAUACAUUAGUAAGUCAAUUGAGAAUGUUGCAUCGUAUUUUCCGAAAAGUGGACCCAGGCCCAAGUUGAUUUUUGAAGCCGCUAGAGUCGAUCCUCAAGUGCCAUACCAAGAUACAAUUAAGUACAUCAAGGAGUAUGUCGAUAAUGGGACAAUUGAUGGUAUUUCCUUGUCUGAAGUGGGAAUAAACUCCAUAGAGAAAGCUACGGCAAUAGCACCCAUUUCAUGUGUUGAGUUGGAGCUUUCAUUGUUCUCGCAAGAUAUAAUCAACAAUGGAAUCUUGUCGUUUCUUUCGGAAAAGCAGAUUCCAAUUAUUGCUUACUCGCCAUUAUGUCGAGGAAUAUUGACUGAUUAUUGUGUCGAGCAUGCCGAUACUUUCCUUUCAGAAAUCCCUGAGGGCCAUUUCAAGCAUACGUUGGAUAAGUUCCAACCGGAAACUUUCAAGCAAAAUUUGGUGCCAUUGAAGAAACUUUAUGCAUUUGCUCAUGAUGUGAAACAUACAAGUUUGGAAAGCUUGGCACUUUCUUGGAUCUUGAAAAUAUCAGGACAUUCCAACUACAAGGGCAUUGACAAAGUGACGAGAAUUUUGCCUAUCCCAUCUGGAUCCACUAUUGAUCGUGUAAAGUUGAAUUUCGGCAAUUUUGUUGAAUUGAGUAAUGAUGACUUGAAAGCAAUUGAUGAGAUCUUGAAGGAGAAUCCAGUCAAGGGGUUAAGAUAUAAUGCUCAUGCUGAAGGUUCUUUGUUUCAAUGA